AUGCCUCAUCUCCUCCGCCUCAACCCGGCGCCCUACCGCCGCCUCUUCUCGACAUCCUCCGUUCGUCCCGCCUUCGCGACUGGGCCCUCCCCGCCACGUCUCCCGCCCAAGGAGCAGGAAGAGUUCGAAAGGCUGCAAAAGGCCUCGACGGGUGCCUUCUCGACACCGCGUGCGACACCACAAAUAAACCAAUCCCCGGCGUCGAAGCCGCAGGUCAACCAAAGCCCGGCAACAGGAGAGUCAUCGGAUGCCCUUGCGGCUAGGAUAGAGGCUACUGGCAAGGGAGAGGAGCUUCACCCUGAUGUUCGCAGAGGGGCGAAGCCGGAAUUUGAGGGGGAGGUAAAUCCGAAGACGGGGGAGGUAGGAGGGCCGAAGAAUGAUCCGCUGAAAUGGGGAGGGGAGGCGGAUUGGAGUUAUAAUGGGCGGGUGACGGACUUUUAA